ACAAGGUCAAAAAUUUAGAGGGGUAGAAUAGACAUUUACUAUUUGGUACGUUCAGUAUCCAGGUGUUGUUUCAUCGUUCUUUUGAAAUAGGCAACCGCAGAAACAGGGCUUUCUCGCCGUGCUUUCUCUCUCUUCUCUCUCCGGCGUUUGAAGGCACUUUCUCUCUCUAACACCGCCCUAGCCUUUCGCCGUAUCUCAGUGAAACACACGUGCCAAUUCCGUACCUUAUAAAUACACCUUUCUUCAUUUUAUUAAUUUUUUUUUUAUUUUUACCCCAUUUUCGGAGUGAGGAUUUGUACACACUCUCACAUUUGCCUGGCUCCACGUUUCGCUCUAACUGAAAAACAGGAGAAGCCAAAACCUAGAUUCAAUUGCACCGCCAUUGCAAACCUCUCCAACCGCUGGCCCGCCGCCGCCGCCGCCGUGAGUUGUUUCAGAUAACAGAAUGAGUCAAAAUGAUGUAGAAAUGGAGGAGGCUGGAAAGCAUGAUCAUGAUUCGGGAAAUAAUGUCGAAGAGUCUUUGAGUAAAGUACUUGAUUCUAAGACUGAAAUCGAAGGAGAAAACCCUCCCUCUGAAGUUAGAGUUGUAGGGGAUGCAAAUACAAGUGAGAAUGGUGUGAGUAAUGAAGCAAAUAGCAAUGCAACUGUAAAGAGUGAGAUAGAAGACCAAUCUAAUCAUGCAAGCGAGGCGAAUGACCGAAUAAAUCUUGAGGAAAUUAUGGGAGAACAAACCAAUACCAACAGUAACAAUGACGAGAGAAGCAGCACCAAACCUGAACUUGAAGAGCAAACUGAUGCUAUAAGUUUAGUGGACAAACAUACUGUUUCCGAGAAUGAAGUGGUUGAACAGAACACUACUAAUGGUGUGGUGAAAGAAGACAAGUCCGCUGAGAAUGGCGUGGAAGGUGGAAAUCCUGUUAAGAAUAUGAUAGAGGAAAAUCCCAUUGGAGAUGGUGCAGCGGAGAUGCCUGAAACUAUUGGAAUGGAAGAUGGAGGUUGUGUUGAACAUGUUCCAAGGAAAGAACUGACAAAUGGAAACGCUGAAAGUGUAAGUGAUCAUAGGGAAAAUAGAAAUUCACAAACUGAGUUAUCUUUAGACGCAGCUCUUCAAAGCCAGAAUGCUGCUAUAACUGAGGUUCCAAUGGGUGGGGAUGUCGAAAUGGAAGUUGCAUCUAAGGAAAGUGAGGAUAAAACAGUUAAUAAUGAAGCUAAAGAACAUGGUAAAGAAAUAAUUCUUGCUAGCCCUGUAAGUGAUGAAAAUGCCAAGAAUGUUGAAACUGCAACCAAACAAGGAGGUCAUGAUUCCUCACUUUUAAACCAGCCUGAAGCUGCUACACCCUCUUCUCUUUUGAUACAUAAUCCUGCAAAGAUUAGAGAUCGUAGCGGAGAAACUAGCAAGACUGUUUUUACAGCAUUACCUCAGAUGGCAGAGGGUGAUGAUGGAACACUAGAAGAUCAAGCAGCAUUCAUGAAGGAACUAGAAACUUUUCAUCGAGAGAGGGCCAUAGACUUCAAACCACCAAAAUUUUAUGGCCAGCCACUAAAUUGCCUGAAGUUAUGGAGAGCUGUCAUCAGAUUAGGAGGCUAUGACAGGGUAACUGGAUCCAAGUUGUGGCGGCAGGUGGGAGAGUCGUUUCAUCCACCAAAGACUUGUACAACAGUUUCUUGGACAUUCCGCAUUUUCUAUGAGAAGUCUCUUAGAGAUUAUGAAGCUCAUAAGAUACAAAGUGGUGACCUUCAACUCCCGGUACCAAUGCUCCCUGAAGCUUCUGGUGCUGACUGUGAAGAAAAUGGCUAUCAAGGAGCAGGAUCUGGAAGGGCUAGAAGAGAUGCUGCUGCUCGUGCUAUGCAAGGUUGGCAUGUCCAACGCCUUUUUGGUGGCGAGGCUGGAGACCCUGUUAUAAAGGACAAGAAUCUUAACAGUAUGGCGAAGCGGGAGAAAAAUGUUAAAAGCAUUGGCUCACUCAAGCAGAAGAGGCCAAAUGAGGUGGAGAACUCGGUUAAAUACGCCCGAGCUGAAUCAUCGAAACAACUGGUGACAUCAGUAGUUGAUGUUGGGCCUCCAGCUGAUUGGGUGAAGAUCAACGUUCGCCAAACGGAAGAUUGUUUCGAGGUUUAUGCUCUUGUACCGGGGCUUCUACGUGAAGAGGUGCGUGUUCAGUCAGAUCCCGCUGGACGUUUGGUCAUAACAGGUCAACCCGAGCAAGUUGAAAAUCCCUGGGGUGUUACACCAUUCAAAAAGGUGGUGAGCCUACCUUUAAGGAUUGAUCCACUUAAGACAUCUGCAGUGGUUAGCCUGCACGGGCGUCUUUUUGUUCGUGUUCCAUUUGAGCUCUCUAAUACCUAAAAUUCAUUCAAACAAGACCGACCAAUUCGUGCAGAAGUAUCUGAUAGCUUUGUGAAUGUCUAGCUUUUACAAUUACAUGUGUAUGAUUUGCAUUUGCAGGUUAGGUUUUAGAUUCGUCCUUUUUUUUUUUUUCUAAAGCUCAAAUUUUGAUCUUUUUAGUGACAACUAUAUUUUGGAGGCCUUGUUUUUUUCCUUUUCCCCUGUUGCAAUUGCCCCAUUAGCUCUUACGGUGUAAGUCGGAACCCACCCUUCAUUUAAUUCAUUGAGACUUGUUUUUUCGUUCCA